GUAUCACGCUGCUGCUGGUGUCGAUUCUGGUCCUCGACGCAGCGGUGCUUCUCCCGCUUCCUUCUGUAUUGCUGCUGUUGCUGCUGCCGGUACAGACGAGACCGACACCAUGGCCUCGGAGUCCGACAUGCCGGAGUUGAAGGUUAUGACAGUGGACCAGGUUCCUACGGUCAAGGCGGACCCCGUGGACCCUGUUGCUCGGGAGCAAGCGAAGGCGAUUGUCGACGACGUGGAGAGCGGCGGCACCAAGAGCCUGGUUGCGCAGGCGUUGCGACUCGGGGACAUCAAGAGCGAGAGCGACCCGCUGCUGCUGGGGCCGGCCGAGAUGAAGGCGGCGUUCGACGAGCUCCCCGAGGAGGACAGACAAGUUCUCGUCAGAACCAAGGAUCGCGUGGAGACCUUCGCGAAGGCGCAGCGCGCGGCCCUCACCGACGCUUCCGUCCCCAUCCCGGGCGGCAUGGCCGGUCACACCGUCAGCCCCAUGUCCGUCGCUGGCUGCUACGCCCCAGGCGGGCGGUACCCCCUGCCUUCGUCGGUGAUUAUGACGGCCGUCACCGCGAGAGCCGCCGGGGUUUCCAAGGUGGUUGUGGCAUCGCCGAGGCCCGCGGCUGCGACGGUGGCGGCGGCCCACGUGUCCGGGGCGGACGCUCUGCUCUGCGUGGGAGGGGCCCAGGCGGUGGCUGCCAUGGCUUUCGGGGUGGGCGGGGUGCCUCCGUGCGACAUCAUUGUGGGCCCUGGCAACAAUUGGGUCACCGCUGCCAAGUCGCUCGUCUCGGGAAGGUGUGCGAUCGACAUGCUUGCCGGGCCCAGCGAGGUCCUGGUCAUCGCGGACUCCACGGCGGACGUCGAGACCGUCGCGGCCGAUCUACUCGCCCAGGCAGAGCACGACACAGAGGCGAGGCCCAUCCUGGUGAGCACGAGCGAGUUGCUGGUGGCGGAGGUGAACGCCUGCCUGAAGAAGAGGCUGGCCGUGCUGCCGACGAGGGACACGGCCUUGGAGGCCGUUAAGAAGGGCUUCGCCGUCGUCUGCAAGGACGUCGCCGAAGCGGUAGCGGUCAGUGAUCUAGUGGCACCGGAGCACUUGGAGAUCCAGACGGAGGACUCGCAGAAAGUGGCAGACAGCUGCCUCCACUACGGUGGCCUCUUCAUCGGGCGACGGGCGGCCGAGGUGCUUGGCGAUUACGGCGCGGGGCCGAACCACGUCCUGCCCACCGGCGGCACCGCCAGGUACACCGGAGGGCUGUCGGUCAUGACGUUCCUACGCGUCAGGACGUGGAUGCGAAUCGACGAGGCGCAGCCGUCGCAGGCGCUUGUCCGGGACGCGGUCCACCUUGCCAGGAUGGAGGGGCUGGAGGGACAUGCCCGAGCGGCCGAGUGCAGGCUAGACUAA